UUUGACUUUUCUCUGUACAGAGAGGAACUGCUCGGGACGCUUUGGGGCUUUUUUGCGGGAUUUGUUGGGGCAGUUUUUGUCACUUUGGUGACGGGGCCGGUGACUUCUCUGGCUCUGGGACCGGAGCAUCUCUCCAGCCCGUGAUACCUCUAUUUCAUUACGCGCGUAACAGAGGCGGCCGUUGAGUAAACAUGCUUUAAGUGAGCGUUCAAAAGUGAAGGAGCGGCGCGGGACUUGAGUUUGCGCAACGCAUGAGUGCGACCAUGCAAAGGCAGCGGGAUAGAGAGCAUACAAAUCUGAGGGUGCUGCUUCUCUGCCUCUUCCUCGCCGCCCUCGCCUCGACAGUGCAGGCUGGUGGGAAGAAGCACAGUGGCCCAUGUGGGGGAAGAGACUGCAGCGGUGGUUGUAAAUGCUUUCCAGAGAAAGGUGCCAGGGGUCUUCCAGGGCCUCUUGGUCCUCAGGGCCCACAGGGGCCCCCAGGGCGACCAGGGGAUCCUGGUAUUCAAGGACACAAGGGACAGAAAGGUGACCAAGGAACUGGUGGCUUCAUAGGGCCAAAAGGCAGCAUGGGAAUGACUGGUGUACCUGGGUUCUCUGGAAACGACGGCAUCCCUGGCCACCCAGGACAAGCUGGGUCCAGAGGGAAACCAGGAGCAGACGGCUGUAACGGGACCAAAGGAGAACCUGGAUUCCCAGGAUUACCUGGUUUCGAUGGGACCCCUGGAAAUCCUGGUCUAAAAGGCAGGAAGGGACAGAAGGGGGAUUCUCUGGAGGUCAGCAUUUACAUGGAGCGCUUCAGGGGAGAUCCAGGGAGACCAGGAGAGGACGGAUUUCCGGGGCCUACAGGACCACAAGGGAAGGAAGGUAGCAGAGGCCCUAUAGGACCCAAGGGUCCUCCAGGUCCUCCAGGGCCACGUGGACCAAAGGGCACCAUGACCAAAGUGUUGAAGGGAGUCAAAGGAGAAACAGGGGACAUCGGACCACAGGGCCUACCAGGAAACUACACUGAUCAGCAUCGUCAGCCUGUCACUGGACUUCGUGGAUUACCAGGUGACAAAGGAGAAAGAGGAGAUCUGGCAGACAACUUAGAUAACAAAGGAGAAACUGGUAUAAUGGGAAUGCCUGGCCCUCGGGGCGAAAGUGGUGCAGAUGGACCUCGGGGUCGAAAGGGUGAGCCUGGUUAUCCAGGGCUUAAAGGCAGAGACGGUCCUAAGGGAGGCAUUGGUGAUCCAGGGGAGCUAAUUUCAUCAGGAUUUCCCUGGUCUGCGGGUGGUCUUCCAGGGCCCCGUGGUGAGACAGGUCCAGAUGGAGAGAGGGGUCGGAUCGGAGACCAGGGCAGCCCCGGACCACCUGGACCUCCUGCCUCUGACACACAGCAACAAAUUUGGGAUUUCUUCGGUCCUUUUGGCGUAAAGGGGGAGCAAGGAGACAAGGGUCUACCAGGAGACCAAGGAAGACCUGCUGUCUUUCCGGGACCCAAAGGAGCUGAUGGAAGUCCGGGGAGCAGAGGCCCUCCGGGACUCAGAGGAUCAUGGAAAGAGUCCUUUAAAGGAGAUGAAGGGCCGAGGGGACGGCCUGGCAAUGCAGGGGCUAAAGGAUUUAAAGGGGAUCAUGGAGAAUGUCAGUGCCGUAAUGAAAAUUUCCGCCGCGGUUUACCUGGUCCUGCCGGUGAGCGCGGAGAUCCUGGGAUGACUGGAGAGUUCGGAUACGAAGGGGACAUGGGAGACCAGGGUCCCCGAGGCGCCGAUGGGUUCCCUGGAUCUGCUGGCCUCAAAGGUUUUCCAGGGCCCAAAGGACAAAAAGGAGAAACACGUUUUGCGAGAGAAAAAGGAUUCCCUGGAGAGCCUGGAGACCCUGGCAUUGAUGGAGUGGUAGGAUUACACGGUUCUCCAGGCCCAAAUGGUCUUCAUGGUCGCCCUGGUAGCCGCGGUCCUCCAGGCGAAGGACCCUGGGGAGAGCGUGGAGACAAAGGGUUUCCCGGAUGGCCCGGUAGACCCGGUCCUGCUGGGUUAGUGGGGACACCAGGUGAAAGCUUUGUAGGUAUCAAAGGACAGCAUGGUCCACCCGGUGAUGACGGCCUCGCAGGCUAUGACGGAGUUCAGGGAACGCCUGGAAGUCCCGGCGACUGUAUUCCACAUGGAGCUGGAGGACAGGUGGAUGUGACAGGUGCUUGUGAACCUAUCCCAGGUUCUCCUGGUCAGCCUGGACCUCCUGGACUCAGUGGAAUAUCAGGUUCUCCAGGAGUUUCAGGCCCAAGAGGUUUCUCGGGUCCACAAGGAGUCAAUGGAGAGAAAGGAGAACAAGGAGAGCGCGGCAGAGGCGGCACUCCUGGACCACGAGGUUUUCCUGGUCCCCGUGGAGACUUGGGGACUCCUGGCAGUAAAGGCUCUUUAGGCAAUCCUGGUGUUCCGGGUAUGCCUGGCCGAUACGGAUCUCAAGGGGAAAAAGGUGCUCAUGGAGAAGUAAUGGGAGCAUCGCCUGGCCCUCCAGGUGACCCAGGACUACCUGGCCUGCGAGGACAAAAGGGCCAACUUGGAGAUCAAGGGCUGCCAGGCUUUUCAGGAAUCAACGGGAUGCCUGGCAUGAUUGGCUUCAGGGGACUAAAAGGCGCCCCAGGCCUGCCAGGGGAAGACGGAAGACCCGGGCCAGCUGGGAGGUACGGCUUCCCUGGAGAUCCUGGCAGGUCAGGCCCACCUGGUCCAGCAGGGACAACUGGAGAGCCAGGAAGAACUGGAGAGAGAGGAACAGAAGGUGACCCAGGUCCUCCAGGUCCAAUAGGAUUAAAAGGAAUGCCAGGUGCCUUUGGAGAUGAUGGUGUGAUUGGAGCGCGUGGCUUGCCAGGUGACCCUGGACAGCCAGGUGCAACCGGACGACCAGGCCUUCAAGGACUCAAAGGAAAAAAAGGUAGUCACGGAACGUCUGGUUUUGAGGGAGUCACAGGAAAUCCUGGUCUGAAGGGAUUUGGUGGACAAAAAGGGGAGCCUGGAACGCCUGGAGAAGUUGGCCUGAAAGGACUGUCAGGACCAAAGGGAGAGAGAGGCGAACAAGGUCUACAAGGUAAACCGGGGGUGAUGUCACCGAAAAUGCUUGUCCACAUAAAGGGAGCCAAAGGAGAGCACGGACACCAGGGCAUUCCGGGUUUUACCGGACCCAGAGGUACCAAAGGUGAUGAAGGUGUGCCGGGCUAUGAUGGGGCUCAUGGUCUUCCAGGGGACCCCAGUGAUGAAAAAGGAGUUCAUGGAGAUCCAGGUGCACAGGGCCUGCCAGGCAUUAAGGGAAUGCCAGGGACACCUGGAAACAGAGGCAUUCAAGGCUUUGGGGGAAUGCAUGGUGACAAGGGGGGCAAAGGAAGCCCUGGUGCCUAUGGUCAUUCAGGAGUGCAAGGAAAGAAAGGGGGAAAAGGUGAGAAGGGCAUUCAAGUCGACCUUCCAGGAUCUCCAGGAUUGAGAGGAGAGGAUGGAUUUACAGGAGAACCAGGUCUGAAAGGUCUACUUGGACCAAUCGGGGACCGUGGUAUAACCGGAUUUGACGGUAUUGAAGGGGUAAAGGGAGGAGCUGGGGAUCUGGGAAUAGAAGGAUACCCAGGGUUGGAUGGGCAGAGAGGAACUCCAGGGAACCAAGGUCAAAAGGGUUUUCCUGGAAUUCCCGGGGAAGAUGGACAACCAGGCGUUCCUGGCUUCCCCGGAAGUAAAGGUUACCCCGGCCUACAGGGUCUUUAUGGAUUAGAUGGACUGAAAGGAGAGAAGGGUGUCUCAGGAACACCAGGUCUGGACAUUAGUGGACCUGCUGGAGAAACUGGAGUUAAAGGAAGAAAAGGAGAAAGCGGUAUUCCCAACAGCCAGCCAGGUUCUCCAGGUCCAUCAGGACUGAAAGGCUUCCAGGGAAAUCUGGGUGACUUUGGCCAACCUGGACUGCCAGGAUUACGUGGCCUUCAGGGACCAAGUGGGAUCCCAGACAUACCGGGAAAGAGGGGGGAUCCUGGCUUCCCAGGACCUCGAGGAUCCCAAGGUUAUCAUGGAACAAGAGGACCGCCUGGACUGGAUGCUUUCCCAGGUGAGAAAGGUGUACAAGGCGAAAAUGGGUUCCCCGGCUCCACUGGUGCCAGAGGAUCUCGGGGAGAUUCAGGUCCAGCGGGCUACAGGGGCCCUGAUGGAAUCUCUGGGAAGAAAGGACUGAAGGGAGAUCAAGGUCACAUGGGAAUUCCUGGACAGACUGGCUUACAGGGAGAGAGAGGACCAGUGGGCCCAAAAGGAGACACUGGAUUGCCAGGUUUUCCUGGAGUGCCUGGCAGCCAGGGCCGUCCUCCACCUUCCAUUACAGUCCCAGGAGAAAGAGGCCUUCCAGGACCGCGAGGCAUCCAAGGCCCGAAAGGGACUUCAGGGAAGCCAGGACCUCGAGGCCCACCUGGAGAUCCAGGGUUCAUGGGACCUGUUGGAGUUAAAGGCAUGCCUGGGAUUAGUGGUACUCCAGGAGUGCCAGGUUACCGCGGCGAGGUGGGCAAUGUGGGGCACCCUGGUCUCCAAGGCCUGGAAGGUCAAAGAGGCAGGCCCGGCGGCCCAGGAUUACCUGGCAUGGCGGGCCGCAGUAUCAGCGUGGGCUACCUGCUGGUGAAACACAGUCAGUCAGAACAGACGCCAAUGUGUCCGGUGGGAAUGUCUAAACUGUGGGACGGUUACAGUCUGCUGUACCUGGAGGGCCAAGAGAAGGCCCACAACCAGGACCUCGGUUUGGCUGGUUCCUGCCUCCCACGGUUCAACACCAUGCCCUUUCUGUACUGCAACCCUGGGGACAUUUGCUACUACGCCAGCAGAAACGAUAAGUCCUACUGGCUGUCAACCACUGCUCCCCUCCCCAUGAUGCCUGUAGAAGAAAAAGAAAUCCAGCCGUACAUCAGCCGUUGCUCAGUUUGCGAGGCUCCGUCAGUUGCCAUUGCGGUUCACAGUCAGGACAUCACCAUCCCACAGUGUCCCCUGGGGUGGAGGAGCCUGUGGAUUGGCUACUCCUUCCUCAUGCAUACGGCAGCAGGAAACGAAGGCGGCGGUCAGUCCCUGUCAUCGCCCGGCUCCUGCCUGGAGGACUUCCGCACAACGCCGUUCAUUGAGUGUAACGGAGCCAAGGGCACAUGCCACUACUUUGCUAACAAACACAGCUUCUGGCUGACAUCCAUAGACCAGUCGUUCCAUACUCAGCCAUCGUCGGAGACACUAAAAGCAGGCCAGCUCCUUUCACGCAUCAGUCGCUGUCAGGUCUGCAUGAAGAACCUGUGAGCAACUCGGCCGCGGCGCCGACAGACAGACACACCUGAAGUUCUUACCUGAGUCGACGGCAACGAGUAACUUUCUCGCAAGCCGCAGAGCUCAGAUAUGCAAUGACUGUGCAAUUCUUUGAGCUUUAAUGUGCACUGUAGAUACAGCAAGGAAAGCCAUAAAAUAAGAACAACUGCAUCAUGGAACAACUGUAUGUUUAUCUGUAAUUUUGUGUGUUAAAUUUGACAUGGUGCUUACUUUUUAACUUAUUACCUCAGUUAUUAUGACACAUUGUUAACCAUCAAAGACCACGAAGUACAGCUGAACCAAAGAUGUUUUUGUUUAACGCCCCACCUUAAAGCCACUAACACUGCCUCCCAGCCGGUCGAGGGUCUAUUUUUGCAUAUCCUGUAUCAUUUUAUUUGCUUGUACAAAGCCUAUUUUUCUAUAUUUACAGAAAGCUGUUCUCUUUUUUUAAUGCAUGUAUCAACUACUGUUAGCUCAUCUCUUUUUCAUAUGCUCACACAAUGCACUGAUUCUGUUUAGACAUUUAAAUAAAAAUAAAUUUGACCCUC